AUGCACUGUCUGCAGCCAUGGGCCGUGUCUCCAACGGCACUCACUGCCUGGCCCGAUGCGUGCAAUGGUCAGACGUUGUGCCAUAAACCGAGACCCGUCAAGCGUACCGGAUGCUCUAUCUGCAGAAGCUGUCUUGUGGCAUCCAUUGUGCUGUCCCGGUCGAAAGCAAUUCAAAGUCGCACGCGUGCACAUCCUGCGUUCCAAGUUUCGACGCAGUGUGGUCUGGAAACGAAUCCGUUUCAAGUAGCUGAAGUUGCCGUGUCCGGUGAGCAGCCCGCAAACACUUUCGUACAAGUGGCUUCAACCACAGGUUUGAAGAGAAGACAUGGCAACAUCAACCAAGAUUGCGUGGUCGCUCGAUGUGAUGAUCGAGGUCGUUGGUCUCUGAUAGUUGCAGAUGGACACGGAAAAUGCGGCCAUCAAGUUGCUGCGCACCUCUGUGCGAUCUUGCCCGACCUCCUCGAGAAGGCUAUCCAGACCGAUCACGUGACCGACUCUAUAAAGAAAGCUUUCGCAGAAGCAGAGGCAGAUUUGGAAGCUGCAGCGGUGGAAAAUGGCUUCGAUUUGACCACAUCAGGAGCAUCUGUUGUGACGGCCUCGUUAACAGAGGAGGGCACAUACCUCGCAUCAUGUGGAGACAGUCAAGCUUUGAUUGUUGACGCUGAAGGAAUCAUAACGACCAGUCGUCAGCACAAAGCACACGACACCAAGGAGCAGCAGCGAAUCGUGGCAGCUGGCGGCUCGAUUAAAGUGGAGCGCCCGCGUUGCAGGAACACCGUCAUGUCCCGCGUGUAUGGAAGACGGUCAUAUGGACUGGCCAUGAGCAGAUCAUUUGGUGACCUCUGCGUGAAGCCCGUUGGCGUGGUUGCCGAGCCCUCCGUCUCCAUGGCUCGCCAUGACAAGGCUCUUCUGAUUCUGGGCAGCGAUGGCUUGUUCGAGUUCUUGGCUCCCGUCGAGGUCUUGGCGACUCUGCGAAGUUCGCGGAAGGAGGAAUUGGCAUCGGCGCUGGUGCAAGAAGCACAGUCGCGCUGGGAACGGAACGAGGCUGGUCUGUAUUGUGAUGAUGUCAGCUGCCUCUUGGUGGGGCCUGACUGCUUGUCCGACUUUCUCGACAAUCCGCGGGUCCGUCAGCCGGCGUUGUUGGUAAACCCCUUCGGCGCCGAGUCCUACGAUGGGCCGGUGGGUGCAUACUAA